ACCAUUUUUGACGCCAGAAAUGUACAUAUGGGCAUUAGACCAAGUUGGGGCAUGAAAAAAUUGUAUCGUCGCAAGACUAGGUCCGUGACGUCCGUCCAAGUUGCAAUUAGACUAGUCGUGCAACGAAACUAUCAACUCUAAGCACGGCUGUACCCUUCAAGUGACUAAUUCCCAACGAACAAUUUCUUGACGACGCUACAACUCCCUUGUCUUUCUACCGCUCAAGAAAUCUAGCUUGGCGAGCCUCCUACCCUUCCCGAGCAAAUGGCUCUCUGCAAGUCUGGUUCUCUCCGCAUCUUAGUUCUCCUCUUUCAGUUGCUAACCGUCCUGAUCCCCGUUGCAAGCCCACUCUAUUUCAACUUCGCUGGCAUUGAUCUCGACAAACCAAACAUAAGCUUCUCUGGCGACGCCUACUUUAACGUCAGAAACGUCCAACUGACCAAGAACCAGGCGGGGAAUGGGGCUAACCUUACCCAUAGCGUUGGAAGAGCCACAUAUUCCAAACCGGUGCCUCUCUGGGACAAAGCUUCAGGAACGCUUGCCAACUUCACAACAAAUUUCACAUUCGCUAUCGACGGCUUAGGAAAAAAUUAUAGUGCCGAUGGGCUUGCCUUCUUCCUCUCACCCAUCACUUCUAAGGCUCCACCGGAUUCAGCCGGUGCGGGUCUUGGACUAUUUUCAAGUUCUGGCAACGAAACAGAGGAGAGCAAGGUCGUGGCUGUCGAAUUUGAUAGCUACAAGAACCCUGCUGUCAAGGAUACGAGCGACAACCAUGUGGGCAUCGACAUAUGGUCGAUCAUUUCCAAAAACCAAGUGAACAUGUAUCCUAGCAUCAGAACGAAUUCACAGUUCAAUGCAUCCGUUAGUUACGAUGCUGUUGCUCAAAAUUUGAGCGUCUUCCUCAUUAAUGCUUCAAAUCCUCUGAGGAAUUGGAGCCUGUUUUAUGGUGUGGACUUGCGGAAAUACCUGCCUGAGAGCGUAACCAUUGGUUUCUCAGCUUCCACCGGGGACGAUUACGAGACGCAUAGCAUCUAUUCCUGGGAGUUCAAUUCCUCCAAUUUGGGUUCUCAAGAUCUUGCUCCCAGCCCUGGACCUACUCCAACUAAUGAAACUUUCGAAGCCAAGAAAAGGAGUAAGAUGAGCCUAGUCGUGGGGCUUGCUGUUGGUAUUGGGAUCUUGCUAUGUGGGUUGGGUUUGUUGUGGUCCGUAGUAUGGCGUAAGAGGGCCAGGGGAGGGAUGGAAGCACAAGAAGAAGAAGAAGAAGAAGAGAUGGCUCUUGAAUUGUCCCUCAAUAAUGCAUUCGAGAGAGGUGGCGGCCCUAGGAAAUUUUCUUAUACUGCACUCGCGAUUGCAACCAGAAAUUUUGUUAGGGAGGCAAAGCUUGGGGAAGGAGGUUUCGGGGAGGUUUACAUGGGCAUGUUGGAUGAUACAAAGCAAGAAGUGGCGAUCAAGAGGAUUUCUAGAGAUUCUAAGCAAGGGAAGAAGGAGUAUAUCUCAGAAGUCACGAUUAUAAGCCGGGUGCGGCAUCGCAAUCUUGUGCAGCUCAUCGGCUACUGCCAUCAAAAAGGCGAUUUAUUGCUUGUCUACGAGUACAUGCCGAACAAAAGCCUCGAUCGGCAUCUAUACGGCGAGGAGAGACUGCUAACAUGGCCCGAGAGGUACCGGAUCGCAUUCGGCUUGGCCUCGGCACUGCUCUAUCUUCACGAAGAGUGGGAGCAGUGUGUGGUCCAUAGAGAUGUCAAGCCGAGCAACGUGAUGUUGGAUUCAGGAUUCAAUGCUAAACUCGGUGAUUUUGGGCUAGCAAGGCUUGUAGAUCAUGACAGUAACAUGCAAACAACGGUUAUGGCUGGGACGAGGGGAUACAUCGCACCUGAAUAUGCUACCACAGGAAAAGCUAGCAAAGAAUCAGAUGUAUACAGCUUUGGAGUUGUUGUGCUAGAAAUUGCAUGUGGUAGAAAACCAAUUGAUUUAAAAGAGAAGCAAGACAAGGUGAAUUUGGUAGAAUGGGUUUGGGAGCUUUAUGGAAAAAACAUGUGUUUUACGGCAGUGGAUAAAAGGUUAAAGAUGGAAUUCGAUGAGAAACAAAUGGAACGCUUCAUGAUUGUAGGGUUGUGGUGUGCCUAUCCAGAUUACAACCUGAGACCGACAAUAAGACAAGCAAUUAACGUUCUCAAAUUUGAUGCUCCACUACCCGAUCUGCCACCCAAGAUGCCUGUAGCAAUGUAUUUUCCUCCAAUGGAUAUUUCUAACUUUAUCUCCGCAUCAUCAUCAUCCGGCGGACCUUCAGUUAGUAGCUACUCCUCAAGCUCCAACUCAAACAUUCGCAGAAGUUAUUUUGAGUAAGAAAUUAAAACAGGUUUUAAAGAUUGAGCUUUUUUUUUCUAGGAGGUUUGAUAUAUUAUGUUUAUCAUGUAACAUGGUGAGGAAAUUGCUUCUCCAUGCUAUCAUGUGUUCUUUACUAUCAAUUUUCCAAACUUUGUGAUGCUUUUUUACCCAAUUUACUGCUCAAGAUGCCUAUAACAUUGUCACAAGUCAUCUUUUACACUGCUGGCGGUGCU